GCCAUCUUACUCAUGGCAAGCUGUUCAUAAGUCUUAUAACUGGAUUCAAGAAGAAAAAAAUGCCCACCUCUUGUGUUGCUGUGGGAUGUAAAAACCGCUACACGACUGCAAACAAGGCUCGAGGAAUCACGUUUCACAAGUUUCCUAAAAACAUAGAGUCGAGGAAGCAGUGGGAAUUAGCCGUUAAAAGAGGAGUUUCUGCAAGUAGGUAUUCUGUGCUGUGCAGUGAACACUUCAGGCCGGAGGACUUUGACAGGACAGGUCAGACUGUGAGGAUUCGGGAUGGAGUUAAACCGUCUAUCUUCAAUUUCCCAGCUAAUCUACAAAAAGCUAGAAAGUCUUUUGCAACCAGCACAACACAAAACUGGAUAAACGCUGAAGAGAGACCAUCAGUGGACUGUUCUCAGGAUCCCCAGGGAACUAAACCUCCACUGCCCAACACUGCUAAAAAGUCUGUGGUACCAAAGACGACGCAUACCUCUAUUAAAGCAGAAAAGAUAAUGUUAGUGGACUGUUCUCUGGAUUUCCAGAAGACUGAAACUUCGCUUCCUAACACUGACAGAAAGCCUGUGGCAACCAGGACAACACACACCUCCAGGAAAGCUGAAGAGAAACCGUCAGUCGAUUGUUCUCAGAAUUUCCAACAGACUAAUCCUCCACUGCCUGAAAUUCCCGUGGCAGCCUCAAAAACAGCUGAGGAGAGAUUGUCAGAGGACAUUUCGCAGGAGGACACUGAACCUCUACUGCUUAACAUUGAUCAUUCCUAUGCAUUACCUGCAUCUCCCGGUGAUCUGAAAGCCAGACUCGGUGAAGCCUUGGCUCGAGUGGAUAGUCUGGAGCGAGAGAUGAGGAAUAUGAAGGACCGAGAGCGCAGGGCGAAGAGGGCUGUGUAUUAUCUUCUACAGAAUAUGAAGGAGAAGGAUAUAAAGACCUGAAAAAGAGGCUCAGCAUAUCUACCCUGGUCAAAGAUCUGGCUGAAAGGUAGUGUGUGUCACAAUUGAUGGACGUGCCUACAAUAUUAGCCAUUAAAAACUAUUAAAAACCUUCUGAGGAUGCAUAGCUGGUACAGCAUAUGUCCGAUAUUGUGCAGAAUUAACUGAAAAUGGCGUUCAGGUUCAAGACGGACUGCAUGCAUUACACAAGCUAACAGGUGAGCAUGUCAUUUAUGAUUGCCAGCAGAUGAAGGUGUGUUUGGAUGCGCUGUCACGAAGUUACUUUGUGUACAUUGAGAGUAGGGAUGCACCAAUACAAUAUUUCGACUGGAUAUCAGCUCCACUUUUUUUGCUGGAUUGGGUAUUGACCAGUGGUGUGUUUCCCUAAACAAGUGUUUAUCAACCACGUUCCUGGAGGACCACCAGCUCUGCACAUUUUCCUUGUCUGCUUAACUAAACACAACUGAUUCCGAUCAUCAGCUCAUUAGUAGAGACUGAAAGACCUGUAACGGGUGUGACAGACAAAGGAGACAUCCAAAACAUGCAGUGCUGGUGGUCUUCCAGGGACGUGGUUGAGAAACAUUUCCCUAAACCAUCGUUGGUCGGUUAAGGUCGCAAGUUACAAACAUAGUUCAACUAUUCUGCAUUUCCCAAAUCAAUCAUUCCAGCGAACAUUUGCAAGGAGUUUGCCAAUCUUUUGUGGUUUAAACCAGGGGUCUGCAACCUCAUUCAUAGCACAGACCAGUGUUUUUAUUAAUAAUGUUGUCAUAGACCGGGGGUGGAAAUGUGUUUAGUUUGAGUUGGAACAUCAGGUAUGCAAGUUAAAUUACAUCUAUAUCACAAAUGCAUGCAACAACAAACUAAAACAAAGGAAUUCCUGCUGGGAACAGAAUAAAGGAUCUAAUAUAAAAGUCUGACAUAAGAUCUGUGUAUGUGUGUACUAUAUAUAAUCAUUCAUUCAUUUUCCUUCGGCUUAGUCUCUAUUUCAGAGGUCGCCACUGCGGAAUGAACCGCCAACUAUUCCAGCAUAUGUUUUACGUAGCGGAUGCCCUGCCAGCUGCAACACAGUACUGGGAAACACCCAUACACUCUCACGUUUACACAUAAACUACUUAUUCAAUUCACCGAUAGCAUGUGUUUGGACUUGUGGUGGAAACCGGAGCACCCGGAGGAAAUCCUCGCCAACACUGGGAGAACAUGUAGACUCCACACAGAAAUGCCAACUGGCCCAGCCGGGACUUGAACUAGUGACCUUCUUGCUGUGAGGCCACAGUUCUAACCACUGAGCCACCGUGUCUCCCCAGCAUCUGUUUAUUUUACGUUUAUUAUUUUAUUGACUCUUCUUCUUCAUGUUUUCAUGGGCAGAUUACAAACUAUGUGCAAUACCACCAACCACAGGACUAAAAACUUCACCCUAAACCGAUUCUUUUAUGAAUGACAUGACUGCUUUAACCCUCAUGUUGACAUUUUAAAGCAGAAAUAACUAAAUUGUUUAAUUUUUUUACUUUAAGUUUGAUGGAUUUUUCUAUAACCACCCCAACAUUUGUAAAAAUGAACAAUAUUUGUAUUUUAUGAAGGCUUAUAUGCCUUAAGGGUCAAUUUUAACCCUUCCAGCAAUAAAACCGUUUACUCCACAAAAACUACUGGCACACUCCAAAUUGGGGGUCUAUGAGGACUCUCCAUAGACGUACAUUAUUUUACACUCUUAAAAUUUGGUUAUUAUAUGGCCUUACCACACACCCAACCAUCACAGGACACCUGAGGGCAAACUUUGAAUGCCAUUAGACCUUGUUAAGUAUGAUUUUAAGCGUUUGAAUUACGAGGACACAAUGCAUGUCCUCAUAAAUCACACCAACAUUGUAAAACUAGAUCAUACCAAGGUCAUUAUACACAUGCUUGCACACACACUUACAUACACACAUUAAGAAUCUGCUGCUUUUAUGA